GUUGCGAUGGCGGAGUGUCAAGUGGUUCUCUUUCUCAGUUAGUUAAACAGUAAUCGUUUACAUAGCGUUCAGAAAACAAAACCAGUAUUGGUGACUUGCAUUCUCAUUACACAAAGACACAGAUGGAUUUGCCAUCUACCGUCGCCCUUGUGGUCCUACUGGUGUCUCGGCUCGGAGAUGUGUCCUCCUCCAGGUGCUCCUGGUCGUGUAAAUGCUAUCCCAAAACUAAGAUCGCAAUCUGUGGGAAGACCAAGCCGGGCAUCCGACGAAUUCCGACUGUGCCUGGCUACGUGCGCUACUACACCUUCUCCGACGGCAACAUCCCCGCGUUAAACAGGACAGCACUGUCGCCGCUCGCCAACAACUCCCUCCUUUCGUUGGCGUUGCUUAGCGACAGCAUCGAAACGCUGUCAGCAGACGUGUUCGUCGAUUUUCAGGACCUCGUCAUGCUCGAUCUGAGUGGAAACAAAAUCGCGUCGAGUCUGUUGAAAUCUGCCUUCUUGUCUCUUGGCUACGAGCUGAAGAGCAUCAUUCUUGGCAACAUGAACUUUGGAGUUAUUCCACACGAUCUGUUUGAGACCAAUAAGACCCUUUAUGUCAAGAAGAUAAUUUUCAGUCACAACAGGCUGACAUCUUUUAACGAUUCAUUGCUUGUACUGAUGCCGCAUUUAAUGCAGCUGGAUCUAGGGUUCAACCAGAUAUCCAAUUACUACAACCACUACCACAACAAAUACCCUAACCUGAGAAAGAUACAACUUAGCCACAAUUUGCUAAGAGAGUUUCCAAAUUUCUGUUGGGCCAAUGGCACAAUUCGCUACAACAGACUGGAAAGUCUCGAUGUCUCGAACAACGCGAUUUUGUCACUGGGAAGUUUAUCGCCAACCUGUAUUCACAACAUUAAAAAAAUUGUGUUAGAUGGUAACCGAUUGACAGUACUUAAAAAUAACACAUUCAGCGACCUUACUCAGUUAGUUACUCUACAUUUAUCGAGUCUGCGGUACUUAAAAGUGAUCGAAGAACUGGCGUUUAACUCCACAUCGCUUUCAAUAUUAAGUUUAAGUUAUAACGUAAAAAUGAAACCUAGCAUGUUUCCCGGAAAGUUUCCAUUUAUUUGGGCCCCUAAGCUCUCACAACUGAGUCUUCAGGAAACUCGACUUUUGCUUCCAUUGCAUUUGUUACGGUCCUUGUUGCUUCAGCUAAAAUCCAUCAGGGAACUGAAUUUGCAGAGGACCCGGAUCAAUACAUUACCACCGCGAACACUUUGUCAUCUUCAUUACCUGAAAAAUCUGGAUCUCCAGGGAAACUAUAUGGCCAGGUGGGAUGACGAGACGUUUAGUGACGUCACACAGCUGAACUACCUAAACCUCGGUGGUAACCGCAUCAGUGUCAUCAACGAAACGUCAUUUCCGGUCGAGUUCAGGACCGCCAUUAAGGCGAUCAAUCUAGGGAACAACGACUUCCUUUGUACCUGCGCUCUGUUGUGGUUUCGCACGUGGAUGAACGAAGUAAUAAAGAACAAGACAAUAAAGUUCGUGAACUAUCCACGUAAAUACUACUGUAAAAACCCAAAACACCUCAGACUAGAUAAAUUUAACCCCACCGCUGACUCUUGCAAAACGCUGAAUCCGUACAUCAUUCCGUUUGUGUCAAGUGGAUCGAUAGUAUUGGUGGUCUUGAUUGCCACCAUCGUUAUAUAUCGUAAUAGAUGGACGAUUCGGUAUUGCAUGUAUACCAAGAGAAAACGGUCUCAAUAUCCUCCGCUGCUGGGUGGCGAACACCAACUUAAAUACGAUGCGUUCGUGUCAUUUGAUUCUAAGGAUUCUGACUGGAUGAUGGAAGAAGUGGGAAACUUCCUGGAGGGUGAACUAGAGCUCAAACUGUGCAUCCACGAAAGAGAUUUCAAAGUAGGGGGCAUGAUUUUCGACAAUAUCGUAGAGUGCAUGGAUCAGAGCAAGAAGAUAAUUUUGAUUCUGUCUAACAACUUCGUCAGGAGUAAUUGGUGCAAGUGCGAAUUGAAACUGGCUACUAAAGACAAAUUCGAAACUCACAAAGAUGUCAUUGUUGUCAUCCGUGAAAUGGUUGACAGGAAACAUAUGUUCAAAUCUCUCAAGGCGUUGAUAGAUAAUACUACAUACAUUGAAUGGAGUGCAGAUGAAAGUGCCAAAAAGCUUUUUAGGUGUCGUCUUGCUGAAGUCAUGGGUUGUGAACAUGGGUCUGUCGCUUUAAUGUGAGAGACAUGUGCGCGGCAGAAUUUUGGUGGUAUUGGAUUCGUACACAGAUGGAUUUCCCAUCUAUCGUCGCCCUUGUGGUCCUACUGGUGUCCCGGCUCGGAGAUGUGACCUCCUCCAGGUACUCCUGGUCGUGUAAGUGCUAUCCCAAAACUAAGAUAGCGAUCUGUGGGAAGACCAAGCCGGGCAUCCGACGAAUUCCGACUGUACCUGGCUACGUGCGCUACUACACCUUCUCCGACGGCAACAUCCCCGCGUUAAACAGGACAGCACUGUCGCCGCUCGCCAACAACUCCCUCCUUUCGUUAGCGUUGCUUAGCGACAGCAUCGAAACGCUGUCAGCAGACGUAAAACAUAAUAUUUUUCCCAGUCAGUUUGUUCAAAUAAAAAGCCUUGUUUACUAUAUUUUAUCUGUCCUUUUGGCUUUACAUAUUGAAAGUUUAAAAUGUCAUACAUAUCUCUGCACCCUUUUUUACUUUUUAAUAAUAAUAUUUAUUUGCAGUUUUAAAGGGUAUAUAUGAUUUUUCACUGUGUUAAAAUGAUCGUCUUUUGACUGAUCUAAUGUAUACAUAAAUGAUUUGACAGCAUUUAUUAAUGAUGCAUAGUUGAUAAUGGUAUUAUAUUGUAUUUUUCAACAAACUGGUCAUAUAUUUAAAAAAUUCCAUUUUCGUCUAAUAAAUCGUUUAUAAAAAUAAUGCUUUUACCAAUAUAGGUUUUAUACAAAAAUGGUUUAUGAUCUAUUAAUAUUUACUGUUAAGCAAUAUAUUUGUUCCAAGUAUGUCUUCUACAUUAUUCGGAUUUUGUUUUUGUUGUAUUUCUGCCCAACUUUCCAGAGUAUCUUUCCAAAACAUAUUUUUCAUGUGCAGUGUUUUACAAACAAUAAAAUUAUCCCCAUAUAAGAUUAGAUCUUUUGUGGAUAUACCUGUAACUGAUUUAAAUAGGGUUAUCCAUUUUGAGUUUUCUGAAAACAAUCUUCGAACCCAUACACAUUUUAAAGCUAUAAGAAAAUUAUCUAUAUUUAUCAUUUUUAUACCACCAUUUUUGUAGUCAUGUGUUAUUAAUGUUCGUUUUAUUUUUUCUGGUUUAUUCUCCCAAAUAAAA